GCCAGUUCUCAGGUAGAUUGCCGUUUUGACUGUUCAAACCCUGCUGUUAGCUGUAUUCUUGCCUCUUUCAAUGAGUAUUAUAGGCCACUUACUUUCACUACUGAAUUUCCAGCGCAAGGCAAUAUCAGAUUUUUAGACUUGCGUUUGCAUUUCAAAGCCGAACACGUGUGUUGGGUAUAUGAGCCCAGAGCUAACAAGCCGCCCUUGAGGUACAGUUCUGCACACUCUAAACUCGUAAAAAGAAGCAUUGUACGUUCUUUCCUGUCAUGCGCUCUAUCUAAGUCAUGUGCUCACUUACUAGAUGAAGGCCUUAGUAAGCAGGUGGCUCGUCUGGAAGCAGCGAACUAUCCGAAACAUAUCAUUAUCUCGGUUGCUGAAGGCCUGCAUCGUCAAAAGAAACUAACUUCACGCAUGAGCGAUGAGCAGAGAGCGGACUACGUAAGAGAAAGGAAAGAAGAAAGGGAAAAACGUAAAGUGGCGGUAAUUCCCUACUUUCAUAAGGUUUCCCACAACCUAAAAAAGGUCGGGCAACGUUCUGGUGUAAACGUUGUGUUUACAGCACCUAACAAACUCUUGAGGUUGAGUGUGAUGAGCUGUCCCAUGAGGAAACCAAAGCCUGGUUGCGCUACCGCGCACAAAGAUCCUUUUGUUGCAUGCACCCGCAAUGUUGUGUAUAAGAUCCCACUCUCGUGUGGGAAGUACUACGUGGGCCAGACGGGCAGAUGUUUAAACGUGCGUCUGGCGGAGCAUAGCAACAAAGUGGAGAGCAUUGCAAUAGAUGGGCAUCUAGCUGCCCAUUGUAGAAAGUGUGACGCGAACGCUCCAUGCUUCCCGCUUUUCGAACGAACCGUUGUUGUCUAUCGCCACAGGAAUAAGAUUACGAGGGAAAUUGUGGAAGCAGCUGAGAUAGCCAGAGCAGGUGAAGAGUGCGUUAGCACGCCGUCUAUAUUUUUAUCAAGGAAAGAGCUUGAAUUUUUGGGCAUAGUAGUCACAUGACUGUCUUUUCCUCCUUCCCUUCAGUCUGCUCUAUUGUAGUGGCGUCCCAGUGAGUAUAUAUAUACUCACCAGCUGCAAUAAAUCAUUUGUUGAAAGUUAGCGCUCGUCCUGUGUUCUGCUUGUCCCUGUGUAACUUUUUUUUGCGCUAUGUAUCCCAGUCUGAAUGCAUACCACCAACACGCCCAAACUUCUUCCCUGCUAAAGUGCAUUUCUAGUACCUUGGGCCUUCCCUAUGCUGUUCCUCCUGAUCUUUGUUCUUUGGUUACUCGUGCGGCCUAUGCCGAGGUUCAAGCUCGUGCCCUCUCGUUCUGCGUUCGGUCCAGGAUUUUACCUCCUGCAAUUCUGGCUAUGCUUGGGGGGUUCCCUCCGUCUUUUAACCAUGGCAGAAGGUUGUGCAAGAUUUUCCGUGCUGAGUGGCAUAGACAGGCUGGCUUCUACCGUGACUGGUUGUACGCAAGCAUCUUUUGUGACGACGACGUGAGGCGAGCACGCCGAAGAUGGUGGGAACACUCAAGGCUGUUGACACACUCCACUGAAACCUUCUGGCACAGCGUUUUGGACGCCCUUCGUCCCUUGGCUUCCCGCAAGGUCGCGCAUAGUGAGGACAGGCUCCACGCUAUUGGUGACGCCGACGUUCCUGAGGAUGUUCACCGAAUUCUGUGCCUCGGUCCGAAAUUCGCCGUUCAGCCUCGGAAGGAUCCCGCUGAGCUUCUGACUUGCGUCCGUGAUGUGGCUCAGAUGGCGCCUGUGGAGGAACGUGAGGCCUGUGUUUCUCAGGGAGUCAAGGUGCUCUCUUGUGGCGGACAUGAGCGCACGGGUGACCGCAUCGGCCGAGUGGCGGCUUCACUUCGGGAACGCAGGCUAUGUGUCCUGCCUGCGGACAAGGAAGGGGGUUUCGUGGUGCUUUCACAGGGUGUUUACCGUGAUAAAGCCUGUGCUGCGGUAUGUGCUGUCUUUAAUCCUAUUCGACGUGUUUCGCUGAAGAAAGUAAAGUUGCGAGCUAAGCAGAUGUGUAAAGACCUUAAUUUGGAAAACGUUGCAAAGAAAAUCAAUGGCGCUGACGGUGACUGCCUAGAAAUGUUUUUCACCGCGAAGACACAUAAGGAUGAUUGUCCUUUUCGUGUCAUUGUUUCUGAAUCCGGGACGUGGCAGAAGUGCGUCGCAGAAUUCCUGCAAAAUAGCCUGAGACUCCUCAACGUGGCGGAUCCGUUUCUUACCAAAGAUUCUUCAGAUGUGAUCAACUUUUUAAAUGGAGCUGACGGCCAGUGUUUAACUGCAUUUUCUGUGGACAUAAAGGAUUUGUUUUAUUCAUUGCCACAUGAGGGUUUGCUGCGCAGUGUUGAGGCGGCAAUAGAUGAGCACGGCACUGUCCUUUUUUCUAACGCUUGUGGUGUUAGUGUGGCAAGGUUUUUAGAGCUUUUAUCAUUUUAUUUGAGGUCUACCUUUGUUCAAUUUGACAAUAACAUUUACCUGCAAAAGCAGGGUGUUUGCAUAGGCUCUUGCAUAGCGCCCAUAUUAAGUGACCUGUUUUUAGCUCGUUGUGACAAGGCUUUUGCCGCGCGGGUGGGUGAUUUGGGAGUUUUGAAGGUUUUUAGAUAUGUAGACGAUUUUUUGGUAUUUUUAGAUAGAUCACUACUUGUUCCGGCUGCCAGUUCUCAGGUAGAUUGCCGUUUUGACUGUUCAAACCCUGCUGUUAGCUGUAUUCUUGCCUCUUUCAAUGAGUAUUAUAGGCCACUUACUUUCACUACUGAAUUUCCAGCGCAAGGCAAUAUCAGAUUUUUAGACUUGCGUUUGCAUUUCAAAGCCGAACACGUGUGUUGGGUAUAUGAGCCCAGAGCUAACAAGCCGCCCUUGAGGUACAGUUCUGCACACUCUAAACUCGUAAAAAGAAGCAUUGUACGUUCUUUCCUGUCAUGCGCUCUAUCUAAGUCAUGUGCUCACUUACUAGAUGAAGGCCUUAGUAAGCAGGUGGCUCGUCUGGAAGCAGCGAACUAUCCGAAACAUAUCAUUAUCUCGGUUGCUGAAGGCCUGCAUCGUCAAAAGAAACUAACUUCACGCAUGAGCGAUGAGCAGAGAGCGGACUACGUAAGAGAAAGGAAAGAAGAAAGGGAAAAACGUAAAGUGGCGGUAAUUCCCUACUUUCAUAAGGUUUCCCACAACCUAAAAAAGGUCGGGCAACGUUCUGGUGUAAACGUUGUGUUUACAGCACCUAACAAACUCUUGAGGUUGAGUGUGAUGAGCUGUCCCAUGAGGAAACCAAAGCCUGGUUGCGCUACCGCGCACAAAGAUCCUUUUGUUGCAUGCACCCGCAAUGUUGUGUAUAAGAUCCCACUCUCGUGUGGGAAGUACUACGUGGGCCAGACGGGCAGAUGUUUAAACGUGCGUCUGGCGGAGCAUAGCAACAAAGUGGAGAGCAUUGCAAUAGAUGGGCAUCUAGCUGCCCAUUGUAGAAAGUGUGACGCGAACGCUCCAUGCUUCCCGCUUUUCGAACGAACCGUUGUUGUCUAUCGCCACAGGAAUAAGAUUACGAGGGAAAUUGUGGAAGCAGCUGAGAUAGCCAGAGCAGGUGAAGAGUGCGUUAGCACGCCGUCUAUAUUUUUAUCAAGGAAAGAGCUUGAAUUUUUGGGCAUAGUAGUCACAUGACUGUCUUUUCCUCCUUCCCUUCAGUCUGCUCUAUUGUAGUGGCGUCCCAGUGAGUAUAUAUAUACUCACCAGCUGCAAUAAAUCAUUUGUUGAAAGUUA